AUGUUACCCCUGCUUCUUCUCUGCCUCGUUCCUCUUGCCGCUGGUUUGGGCCGUACUCAAGCUGUUGGGGUUCGUGGAAUUUUGAUUUGUAACGAUAAACCAGCCUCGGAUGUCGAAGUGAAGCUUUACGAUGAGGAUAAAUUAAGCCCGGACGAGUUGAUGGCCGCCGGUAAGACGGACAGCAGGGGACAUUUCGAGAUCAAGGGACAUGCGGCUGAGUUCACCUCAAUCGAGCCGAAAUUGAAUAUUUAUCAUGAUUGCGAUGAUGGAAUCAAGCCCUGUCAACGUAAACUCUCCAUUCACAUCCCGGAUGACUACAUUAGCAGUGGAGAGGAACCCAAGAAGAUUUUCGAUUUUGGCACCUUCCAACUGGCCGGAAAAUACGCUGGAGAAACCAGAGAUUGUCUACAUCGGGUGUGUGCAAAUACCGUACCACCACCGUUCAUAUGUGCUCACAGCCGAGACCAUCGUACACUUCAUCAGUUCACGUCUGUAAUGUGGUUUAGUGUCGUUUUAUAUGCUUUUAUAGCAUACUACGUAAGCGCAGAGCUACAAUGUCCACAAAAUACGUUGUCAUUCGAUUUGGAGCCAUGCGAUCCACGAAGGCGAUCGCAAUGUCCAAGCGGAUUCACUUGCAGGAAAAGUGAAGACAUGGAACGUCGAUUAACGGAUGUUUUUCUGUGCUGUGAAACAAUUUCAAUGACUAUAAUGGACUGGUUCAUGGAGCUCUUACUUUCGCCCCAGGUAUUUCCACAGGCGCCUCUUGCUGGGCUCAAUUCGAUUGAAAUGGUUCCACUUGACGCCAGCACCGCUUUUCCUAUUGUGCACACUGGAGAUGAGGUGGUCAUACUCACUUAUCCGAACUACGUCAGAGCAAUGGUUCAAAACGUUGAAUUCAUGCUUCCACCACCUCAAGGCGGUUUCUUACACAUUAUGACCAUAAUAGAUCCAUCAACAAAACCUUUCGCCGUGUUCUUCACAUUUAAUCUUCCCUCAACUGGAUACGUACGUUUACCUGUUCCGGAUAUGCUGCAGGGAAUGAGCGGUCGCAUAUCGUAUUUCGAUAACAACACUGCACUAGUGAAGCAGAAUUCAUAUCGCGCUCAAUAUGUGGUUUUGGUUUAUCGUACAAACACUCCAGUGAACAUAGGAAAUUCAAAUCUGGGGAUCAGCUCGGAUCAAAUAACAGCUGGUCUAAAUUUUAUGAAUGGCUGCACUGACGUGCAAUGCCUUAUCUCCAGCACGACUCUUGGAAAAGAACUCGGACAACCGAUUGCGGGAAGCGUGUUCCAUGUCACAACUAAACAAACGAUGUUCCAAACAGUUGAAAUCACUACUGAUCAUCUAACACAAGCAGCAAGCACAUUAAUUGGACAAUUGUCGAUAGUUCUUGACGACUUAAGUAUGAUGACUGUUGCACUGAUUGUGGAGUUCAUUUCAACUAUCUUAUCUCUUCUCUGUUUGCCUAUCAACGUUAUGUUUGUUUAUGUGAUCAUGAAAGAAAGUUUAUGGCCCCGCUGCGGUGAAAUGCUUGGCUGGCAUCAGGACGAUGUCGAACCAUCGGUCGAUUAUGUAGCCACACCCGAACCUCUUACCGACUGCGCUACACCCGUUCUCACAGUAAUUAUUGUACUUUGCAAAAAACAACACGCUCCAUUCUCGUCGUCAUUCUUUCGACUUUGCAUUCAUCUAUCAGUGGCCGAUAUUAUGAUGACAAUAUUUGCGACAAUCUUCUUUAAAUUCCCCAUAUUUGGUGUUUUUCCGAAAAGUUUCUAUGAGGAAAAUUGGUUUACAGCCGUUUAUUUCCCGGUAAAGCAUAAGCAAAGAUGGUGGCGUUCGUCGGUCAUUACUGUAUUGAUGAUCCUCCAGUGGACCAUACCGAUUCUUUUCAUCAUUCCGUUGUUCUUCACCGACUUCACCUUUCUUAUUGAUCGAUCGACGGGUUCGGUGACGUUUACAGCGAGGGAUGCAGGGUUUCACAAGGUGUACUUCGUUGGUCUGGCUAUACUUGACGGUGUCGUGAUCAAUACUAUUGUGUCGGCGCUCUAUAUAGCAAUUUUCAUAAGAGUUCAAACUCAUGUCGUUGUGCGGAAACCUGGGGAGUUAGCGAUGCGAUUAGCACUGUCUGCUUUCACUAUCUUCAUAUCGUACUGUACUCUUGGUAUCUUCUCCGUCCUCGCAGCUAUGACACGUCCAGAAGAUGCAUGGAUGUAUCGUACCUUAUGGUUUGUAGUCAACGAUGUUCUCUGUGCCAGUAAUGCUCCAGUUUUACUAGCUUUAAACAAACCUAUACGAAGUGUAUAUAUGCGAAAAAUUGGGAUGGAAUCUAAGGAAAUACACACAAAAGGGUCUUUGCUUAACAAUAUUUGA